GCUUUGGAAAAAAAAAUGCAGAAGCACAAAUGCAAGCUCUGUUCCAAGAGUUUCUGUAAUGGCAGAGCACUUGGAGGUCACAUGAAGUCUCACUUGGUCUCAUCAUCACACACGCCGACUCGAAAGAAACUCGGUGACUCGUCUUCGUCUUCUUCAGACGGUAAAACUCUUGUCUACGGGCUGCGAGAGAACCCAAGGAAGAGUCUCCGUGUCUUUAAUCCAGAGUCAUCCAUCGUUUACAACAGCGAGACCGAGACCGAGACCGAACCUGAAUCUUUAGCUCCGGUUCGGAAACGAGGCAGAGCAGUGGUUUCCAAGAACAAGAAGAAGAAGAAGAUGAUGAGUCAUAUUAGCUCCAACGAGUCACCAGAACCGGUGAGUUCUGUCUCCGAUGGUUCUCAAGAACAUGAUUUAGCCAUGUGUUUGAUGAUGCUCUCGAGAGAUUCAAGAAAGAUUGAGCUUGUCAAGAAACCAGUUUUUGUAGAGGAAGAGAUGAAGCCGGAAAAGAGACAUUUCCCGGAGCUCCGCCGAUGUGUGAUAGAUCUGAAUCUUCCUCCACCGCAAGAAAACGAUGUUGUCACCGUAGUUUCAGCCAUAUAAAAGAGAUGAGGGUUUCAAGAGGUUAUUGGAUACAGUCAAAAAUCAAAACAUCUUGUUGCUUUGUGGCUUCUUCAGGGUCAGUAUUGUUCUUUAAACUAGAAUACCAUUUAUUGGUUUGGGAAUCUUUUAUCAAACAAUUUAGUUUUGAUUUAAGACAGGAGAAAAACCAAGCAAAAAGUACGACUUCAAGAUUUGUUUUUCAGUUUUUAAGGUCGUGGAUGAUGAUGAUAAUAUAUUGUUGGAUCUUUGUUAUGUUAUUUUGAUAUUUAGAAGUCUUGAGUUGAUUCUUUUGCAUGAUCUUUGGAUCUUGGAUAUUUGUUAAUUAACGUGUUUUUUUUUAAAAGAAACUUUCAUUUCAUACUGUAUUUUUGUACACAAGUGUGUGUGCUACGCUGCUAGUCUUUUUUUAAUAAUGUAAA